GCUUGUCCAAGAAAAAGAAACACCACUGUCAAAGAUGAAUAUAAAGAGGCAGGAUCUUCUUCUGAAUCUCUAUCCGGCCGGCCUGACUUUUGGCCCCAGAGCAAGAGACAAAAGCAAGCACAUCUAAGCUAGUAUGGCUCGCCUCUCCUGCUUCCUCCUCCUCCUGCAGGCGCAGCUCUUCUUGCUGGUCGCCGGCGAGUUCCUCCGCCUGCCGUCCGAGCAGGAUGUUGCCGGGACGAGGUGGGCCGUCCUAAUCGCCGGCUCCAACGACUACUACAACUAUCGUCACCAGGCGGACGUGUGCCACGCGUACCAGAUCAUGAAGAAGGGCGGGCUGAAAGACGAGAACAUCAUCGUGUUCAUGUACGACGACAUCGCCAACAACCCGGACAACCCGAGACCCGGCGUGAUCAUCAACCACCCCACCGGCGGCGACGUCUACGCGGGGGUCCCGAAGGACUACACGGGCAAAGACGUCAACGCGAACAACUUCCUGGCUGCCCUGCUCGGCGACAAGUCCAAGCUCACCGGCAGCGGCAGCGGCAAGGUGGUGAGCAGCGGGCCCAACGACCACAUCUUCGUCUACUACGCCGACCACGGCGGGCCAGGGGUGCUCGGCAUGCCGGAAGACGAGUCCUACCUCUACGCCAACGACCUGGUGCGGGCUCUGGAGAAGAAGCACGCGGGCGGGGCCGGGUACAAGAGCCUGGUGUUCUACCUGGAGGCGUGCGAGUCGGGGAGCAUAUUCGAGGGCCUCCUUCCGGGGAACAUCAGCGUGUACGCGACCACGGCAUCCAACGCCGAGGAGAGCAGCUGGGGAACAUACUGCCCCGGCGACGUCGACGGCGCGCCGCCGGCGGAGUUCGACACCUGCCUCGGGGACCUCUACAGCGUGGCCUGGAUGGAGGACAGCGACGCGCAUAACCUGAAAGCCGAGUCCCUGAAGCAGCAGUACGACCGUGUCAGGGACCGGACCUCGGCGCACGAGACGUACAAUCUCGGCUCCCACGUCAUGCAGUACGGCGACCUGGGAAUCAACGCGCAGAGCCUCGACAUCUUCAUCGGCUCCAACCCUGCCAACGACAAGAGCAAUUCCUCAGUAUCGUCCUUGUUAAGGAAUGCCCGUGCCGGCGUGGUGCACCAGCGGGACGCCGACUUGCUCCACUUCUGGCACAAGUAUAAGAGGUCGGCUGAGGGAUCGGCUAGGAAACACGAGGCGCGGAGGCGCCUGGUGGAAAUGAUGGCUCGGCGGGCUCGCGUGGACGGCAGCGUGGAGCUCCUCGGUGGCCUUCUGUUCGGUUCGGAGGAAGGCGCCAAGGUGAUGAACGCCGUGCGGCCGGCCGGGCAGGCUCUGGUUGACGACUGGGACUGCCUCAAGGAUGUGGUGAGGAGGUUCGAGGCGCGGUGCGGGCCGCUGACGCAGUACGGGAUGAAGCACAUGCGGGCGCUCGCCAACGUCUGCAACGCCGGCGUCGGCGUGGAGGCCGUGGACAGGGCCGCGUCUCAGGCCUGCGCCGUGCAUCCUUCCGUGUUCUGAUUUGCUCUGAAUGAUCGGUGUAUCCUGUCAGUGCGAUUGAUUGCUGCCACUUAAAUUGUGGUGAUCGGUAUUCGGCAUGUGCAUUCCAUGCAUCGUCGAUUUAUAUAGUCGUGGAUCACUGUAAAAGUGUAAGUACUGAAUAAAACAGUGUAUUUGAAGCUAAUUAUUGGGGGGAAAUCUGUUUAUGAA